AUGGAGAAGGACUCCUCCACAGCGAUGUCGAUAUUUGAUGUCUUCACCUCCACCGGAAUUGAAAUGGACCAGCUUCCGAAAACUGUCCAGGAUGCAAUCGUCGUAUGCCGAGAACUGGGUGUUGAUUACCUCUGGGUUGAUGCGCUUUGUAUCAUACAAGAGCAAAGAGACCUGGAGGAUUUCAAAGUUGAGGCACUGAAGAUGUCCCAGUACUACGAAAAUGCCUACCUUACGCUCAUCGUCGGAUCUGCUCCAGAUUGUGCCGACGGAUUCCUGAACGAUCUUCCCGAGCCAAAAGCCUCUCCGUGUGAAAUUGGAUAUGGUCGUAUGACCUUGGGGACGCUAUAUCCUGAAAGUGACAUGAAGGGGGUGGUGAAAUUGUCGCUACCCAGAGAUUCAGCAAAAGGCCCCCUCUCCAAACGUGCUUGGCCUUUUCAAGAGGAGAAAUUAAGCCGAAGAACCCUUACUUAUGCCUCUGAGAUGGUCUUAUUCUCGUGCCAAACGAUGUCUGUCAACGAAGAAGGAAGCUUCUCGAUUAUCCCUUCUGCCACUGCGGAUCCGGCCACUUUCGACCCUCAUCACUUUGAUUUGCAUACGCCCCACGACUUGACUACUCACGAUGACAAUUCAAAAUCCCAGGAACUUGCCUUCGACCGGUGGCGACAGAGUCUCAUUUUGUAUACCGAGCUCCAAAUGUCCAACUCAAUGGACAAGCUCGCGGCAAUCGCUGGAUACGCCAAAUUUCUUGGGAGCGUGAUACGUUGCAAAUACAUGUAUGGGCUUUGGAAAGAUGACCUACACGUGGAACUGCUGUGGAAGUCGGUGUAUGCGACGUCGACGUUGAAAUGUGUCACACGGGCAGUGGAUCGAGCACCAUCGUGGUCUUGGGCUUCGAUCGACGGCAGGGUGAGCAUGAGCCUUAGCCCUCCUAUGCGAGAUAUGAUUCAGAACCCCAAAAACCAGCGGUUGGCGGUUCUGGAUUGCAAGAAUAUCUCCGGAUCUUAUGAUCCCAUUCGGGCGAAUAAGAGUGGAUCCAGAGGCUUCGAAUUGAAUGUUCGCGGACCGCUGACAACGUUGUGGCCUGCUCAGAAGUGGGGAAAGUACAAGCAGGAGUACGUCUCAUUGCGUGCAAAUGCGGACGGAGAAGAAAUCGCCGUCGGAAGUUGGGAUACCCUUAAGGACUAUCAGAGCAAACAAUAUCUGGACUAUAUGAUUUAUGCUCUUCUUGUGGUUCGUGGGAAAGGGCUCUUGCUGGCAAAAAUCCAGGGUUCAGAUCACUAUCGUCGAAUUGGGACUUUCAGAUCUCUGGAAAAGGAAGAUAUCUUCAUCAGAGAUCAGGAGAUCAUUAUCAUUUAG